AUUUUAACCUGUAUAGUUGUUUAGCAAAAGUCUAUAAUCAUGAUGGUCUACAGCUAGUAUAUGUUGUAAAUUCUCAUUAAGUCAAUUAUGCUCUCGGUUGUGCCAAGUACAUGUGGAAUUUCAAAGGCUUGAAUGUGGGCAUAGGUUCUUCCUCUGUGGAAACCACAGUAGUAGGUUCUGGGGUAGUUUCUACUUCAGUGUGUUCUUCUUUGGUGGUUUCUUCUGAGAUGGCUUUUUCUGAAAUAGCUUCUUUACGAGUGUUCCCUUCUAAGGCAAUUUCUACUUUGAUAAUUUCCUCUUUAAUGGUUCGCAAUUAUACUUGCUCAUGUUAUUCGUAGGACGUGGAAAGAGACAAGAAUUUUGUUGCCAACUUGCCCUAUAGGGCUCGUUUUCUUGUAGAUGCUAUCAUUUUCUUGGUGUAUGACUGUGAUAUUGGUAAUAUAUAUAAGAAUAUACCUUGGCUAUAAAAGCAUGAGACAAAACUUGUCAGUGCGAAUAUUUACAGAUUUCAAUCAACUAAAAGAACGAAAGGUUUCAAGUAUUUUUCUUGGAAUAUAUCCCAGCACUUGAUAGUCAUUUGAAUGCAUAACUUGGCGGCUAAUAAUUCAUAUCACACCAAGUAUUUGCUGAUAUAAAUUAAACAUUCGUACCAACUCUGUGGAUCAAGUGGUAUUAGACUUGGGAAACCGUGGCACAAAUAUACAAACGCCAAGCCACCAUCGGAGUUUAUGAAAAAUCCCCGGCGAAAUAUGAGUUAUUCUUGGACAGAGUGUUGAUCAAGUUGAGAAAUUAGAAUCAAACCAAUCACACUUUUGGAAGAAGGGGGGAUGAGAUAACCAGGUUUUAGAAACAGCCUGGAAUGUAAGUGGUAUUUUUCAGAGCCAUUGGGUGAUCUUAGUUACGGUUGAUUUUCUAUAGCUGAACUAAUUUGUCUAUUGUUCCCUAGAUUAUGUGUUGAGCCAAGUACGAUGGCUAAGGUAGAGUUUUAUUUUUCGACAGCAGACACGAGAAAGAUAGAACCAAAGACCAACAAGCUCGAAAAAGAUCUCGACUUACACUGUGGUAUAAAAUACUACAAAAUUAUACAAAUAAACUUUGUAGAAGCUGCUAGUUAUAUGGAAGAAGAAUAGGUGCAUUUAACCAAUGAUUAAUGGUUAAGUAAAUAAUCUUAUUGCUCGCUAUUACAUUUUCUUGGUUUAAUUUGUAGGUUGUAUGUUUAGUAAGAUUUGUUUCAAUAACAUAAUUUACUAU